AUGGUAGGAAGUAGUAAUGAUGCGCAAAAAGGUCCAGUUACCUUUAAUCAGUUUCUUAGAUUCGGAAUGGGUGGUGCUCUAGGAUGUUCUUUCACUCAUAUCGUUGUAAUACCAUUGGAUGUCGUAAAGACACGUCUUCAAACCGAUCCAGUCAAAUACAACCGAGGUAUGAUUCAAGGUAUGAAGACAAUCGUCAAAGAAGAAGGUUCAAUGAUGUUGUUACAAGGUUUCGGUGCAACUGCUAUUGGAUAUUCAAUUCAAGGAUUCUUUAAAUUCGGAUUGUAUGAAGUCUUUAAGAAGAAGAUUGGAGGAUUGUUCAGUGAAGAGGAUGCCAAGACAUACAGAAUCCCCAUUUGGUUGACUGCAUCCGCAAUUGCAGAGACUGUCGGUGAUAUUGCACUCUGUCCAUUCGAAGCCGUUCGUAUUCGUCAAGUGUCAGAUCCAAAGUUUGCUCCCAAUAUGUUUAGCGCCAUCUCCAAGAUUCAUCAAACUGAAGGUGUUAAAGGAUUAUAUAAAGGAUUAUCACCAAUUAUUCUUAAACAAGUUCCAUAUACUAUGUCACAGUUUGUUACCUAUGAGUUGGCAAAUGAAUAUGUUAAUAGAUAUUUGAAGAGAACCAGAGGUAUUACAAAGACUGAUUUGAGCGAUGGUCAACAGUUGGGUGUUAUCUUGUCGACUGGUGCUAUCUCUGGUUUGGUAGCAUCUAUUGCUUCGCACCCAGCAGAUACUAUCUUGUCAAAGAUCAACCAGGAAAAGACAGACGAAGGUGUUGGUCGUGCCAUUGGUAAUAUCAUCAGACGUCUAGGUGUCAAAGGUCUCUUCCUUGGUCUCCAAGCAAGAUGUGUAAUGGUAACAACAUUGGUUACCGUACAAUUCUUGAUCUACGAUGGAAUCAAAUUACUUAUGAAGAACGAUAAAAGUAGCAGCAGCAGUCCAACUGCAACCAAGAAUCUCAACAUUAAUAACUAG